AUGUCCACCGGACUCCCAAUCAGGCUUCUUUGCAACGACAACGGCAACUUCUCUGUCGUUGACCCUGUCGCUCACAAUGUGACAAGCUUUGACAUCCUCUCCUAUACCUGGGGUAAGGAAGUGCCAGCGUACAACUGCGACCUUGGCGGCGUUACCUGGGAGAUCAAGAUCAAUCCCGACAAGUUGAAAGACAUCAAGCGACUCAUGGUGGCAGCCAACAUCAAAUAUCUUUGGGCCGACUGCGUGUGCAUAAACCAGACAGAUGAGACUGAGAAGUCUGCUGAGAUCCCCAAGAUGUUCGAGUACUACAGAAACGCUGAGAGAUGUCACCUUCUCAUGGACAUGAAAGAAGCCUGGAUUCCACAAGAGAUCGUGGAUGAUUUAAAGUUCCUAGACCACGUCCUGUACCAUAUGCAGGGUACUGCUCUCGCCACCGAGGCCGUUGGUCUCACUGAGAGGGUCAUCAACCUUCUUGACCGCUGGGCCAAGACAGACUGGAAGUUCGACAUAGACGCGUCGGGCGUGAGGUCUGCAGCAAUCGACAUGGGCGUUAUCAACUGUUACUCGACCUGCAUUGAACGUGUCACGUCACUCUUCGACAAUGACUACUUCACUCGUGUCUGGACGUUCCAAGAGAUGAUCCUUGGCAAGAAUAUCACAAUGUGGGGGGUGAACCCUAACAGUAUAUUCUACAUCGGCCAACUCCAUACCUGGAUGGACUUGGCCAUCGAGUGCGCUGACAAAGCGGCCAAACUGUAUGAUUGGAUUGACAAGGGCAGGGUUUUUCACACGGCAGGAAUUAAUGCCAUACUGAGGGUCAUUGGAGAAGAUAUACUAUCCCUCGUCAGCCUGCGGACACAGGUGAAGGGCAUUAACAGUGCAAGAACUGACAUCAUCAACGGUGGUUCCUACUGGUGGCGGGAGAACUACAAAGGGAUAAGCAACAUAUUCUCUGCCAUAUCUCUCAGGCCGCGCAAAUGCAGAGACUCAGCGGACAUAUUCAGAGGUCUUUUGGGGAUCUUUAGCGGACUGUUCACCAAGGAUGAGGUGGAAACGGAGCUGUCAGGAAAGGACAUCACAUCCAUCUCAUUCAAUUUCUUCAAGAAAUUGUCUUCUGAGACCGGGUUGGCGUGGACCAAGCUUGGUGUAGCCAGCAAGGCAAGGGAAAGCGGAUGGAACUGGAUCCCGCUAGUUGAAAGCGACAACCAAGUCGCGUCUACCGAUUGUUUCGCCGGAGUCCUCAACCUCGGCAGCCUAAAGAAAGAAGGGCGGGCGAAAACACGAGCUAUGACUGGUCUCAUCGGGACCCCACGCAAAUUCAUGAAGAUCCGACUAGCCCAAGGAAACGGAGACUUUCAGUUCAUUUUCAAGGGUUGCAAUUGUGGCAAGAAGAUCAAGACUGGACGCAUUAGCAGGGAGCUCAUACCCACGUAUGACCAGCCCAGAGACGUGGUCAAGGACGAGACGGGUAGGACCCUGGUACAAUGCGCCACCAUCUUAGGAGCCAUCAUGGACCCGGGAUGCGAUGACCUGGUACAUUACCGGAGGGAGUUGCUCGAGAAGCUGCAGCCGAUGUGGGAGACUACAGAUCCCAGUGCAAAGCCCGUGGGCUGGGAAGACCGGUCGGUGAGCGGCACAGCCUGGGAACAUCCCAACGCCAUUGGUUUCCGGGUGCAUAAUUUCUCCAUGAACUACAGAUUGAUCUCGAUGAAGAGGUGCGGCUCACGCCUUGCAAAUGGCAGCACAGCGAAUGUCACUUGUCACGUUACUGUCAACUGUGGAUGUACCAUCGUCGCCCCAUUCGCAUUCGUCUUCGAGGCCAUAACUGCAGUCCAAGGGAGCUCCCUAGGCGAAACGACUGAAGAAGCAGACCAUGAUGACAGGAUCGUCUUGCAAGAUGGACUGGGACUUGUGCAAAUUGGCGACGUUGGCAAAGCCUUCGAUGUGGUAGCGUUCUCGGGUGAUACACAGGCGCAUAAGCUGUAUGCCGCCAGUUGUAGGAAGAAUAAGGAGAACAAGAAAAUUGUUCACGAAGUGCCUCUUCCUAGUGGCAGGGUACUCGUGCGGGAGGACUUUACCCAUGCGGCUCUGGACAUAAUGAAGGAUUAUGGGUAUGUGCGUACUGGAGGAUCUGGAAAUUUGCUCUUGUCGCGAAAGCAUCGACUGGAUAAUUACAAGGUUGUAGGUGUUUGCAUUGAUGAGUAUAUUCCAUAUAAGAAUGAGAAUCAGCCAGUCAAAAUCCGAUAG